ACGCAUCGCGGCUGAACGCACCUCGUCACGUGACUCAAUGUUGUGAUCCCGGCUGCACGCGCAGGUGACAGCUUCUCCUCGUGCGUCAGCUUCAGUCUCUCAGUCUCGUCACAAACUUUUCAUUUUGAAUUAAUAUCCGACACUGACGUUGCUUCCCGGGAACCAUCGCGUUGAAGUGGCCGGAGCGAGCUGCGGCUAGCUACACUAGCAUCGGCGCGGUUUUGGAGCAUGGCGGCGGUGGACAGCUUCCAGCUGCUGCUCGGGGAGGUGUCCCGGUGGUGCAGGUCUUACUGCGACACCCUGGCCCUGGUGGGGGCUGUGUACGCGGCCAGCAGGGCGGUGGUGCUGCUCAGAGGCUGCUGCUCGGUGGUCAGGGUCCACGUCCUGCCGAGGGUCCUCCCGAGCCAGAAGCUGACCCGCAGAUAUGGAGACUGGGCCGUCGUCUACGGAGCGUCGGAGCCAGUGGCCGGAGCGUACGCAGAGGAGCUGGCCAAGCAGGGUGUCAGCAUCAUCUUUGUCACUCACGACCAGAUGGACGUCAGGGACGCCUCUGCCUGCCUCUCCGAGAGCUACGGGGUGGAAACUGUUGUUGUCCACGCUGACUUCUCUCAGAACCAGGCAGCCAGCAGUCUUGUCAAAGAAGCCAUGAGGGGCAAAGAUAUCGGCUUCCUGGUGACCUGUGUGGACGAGGCUCUCACUUCCCCCCAGAGUCUGGUUGAAAUUCCUGAGCAGGGCCUGUUGGAUAUGGUGAAUAAGAAUGUGGCGGUCGCUACUCUGAUGGCCCGGUUGGUGCUGCCCGGGAUGGUGGAGCGCAGCAGAGGAGCUGUGGUCAAUAUAUCAUCGGGUGCCUGCUGCAGACCUCUGCCAGAAAGAGUGGCACUCACGGCCUCCACUGGCUACCUGGAUCAUUUCUCCAGAGCUCUUCACCUCGAGUACAGUGGUAAAGGGAUCUUUGUUCAAAGUCUGAUUCCCUUCCAGAUAGCGUCAAGCAAGCGACAACCAUCAACAUCGACAUCAUCAGGUGAAGGCUGGUUUGUGCCAGAACCAGACGUUUACGCUCACCACGCCAUCUCCACCUUGGGCGUGUCCAGUCGGACCACAGGAUACUGGCCUCACACACUGCAGUAUGGAUUGAUGAGGUGUAUUCCAGAGUGGAUUUGGGUUCUCGGAUCUCGUCUGCUCAUCAGUACAAUCUAGAUCUCCGCUCCUCAAACAGACUAACUCACUGGACCUUGCUGUUACUGGAGUCAUGUGGUUUUAUUUGAGUUUCUUCUGCGAUUGUUAAAGAGUACAGCUCUGUUUGAGGAGACUGUAGUUUUCAGGAAUCUCUCCUCUCGGUUUUUUGUCGGUUAUAAUCUGAAGUGGUAUUGAGAAAUAUAUAAAUUAGUUCAUACAUAUUUUCUUUAAUACUGGAUGGUGAUGUGAAAAAUGUUUAAAUUUACCAGAUAACCUGAUAGUAAAUGUAAUAAAUGUCUUUGCAGUGCACAGACUCGAGGUGGGAAACUGGGUUUGACUUGAACGUGAACUUUUAUUCUUUUAUUCUUGUCCUAGUUCCCAACAGUGCCAGAGAAUAACACUCUGUGCCAGGACGUUAAAGGCAUUAGACCCACUGGACUGUUAAUCCCUUGUAAGAGAUUAUUUCGAAGGCCAAAUGUGAUUGUACAAUGCUUUAUUUUUCUUUGCAGUUUGUAUUAACAAGUUGCACAUUGAAACACUCCUACGUUAUAAAAAGUUCAAACUUUGUUAUUGAUAAGUAAGGGGGGGUCAAAGGUACAAUGAAAAGUGUUGGACAAGAAGAACAGGCCAGCUCAGCAAUAAGAGACAAAGAAGAAAUUGUAUUUUCAUAUGUGUUUGCAUUAAAUAUCUUCUUUUGAACG